UUACUGAGAAAUGGAACACAGCAGGGUUGAAGAAGAAGCUGCAUACCGGGAAGCUUGCAGGAAGCUGCUGUUCAGUGAUGGUACCAGAACUGCUCUUGUUAUGUUGUCUUUGCUGACCCUUUUCCCUGUUGGAAUCGUCUCCAUUGUUUUCUGGAUAUUGGCGCGAAAGGCUGGAGGAGAUGGCAAAAAAAAGAAGGAGGUUGAGAACUAUCAUGAGGCUGAGACAAUGGCACUGACGUCAAUUUCAUUUGGCUUGUGUGCUGUGCUCACCAUUCUGAUCUGCAUCCCUCAGUUGAAGCGAGGAAUUUAAACAAGGGCUACAAAAAUUCCAAUAGUAUACUUUCCUUCAGUGUUUAGCCUACAUAUUUUGUACUCAUAUCUCCAUUGGAUCCCAACUAUAGAUAUUACUAUAAAAUUUUGCUGAUUUAUUAAGGAUGAUCUUCCUGAAACUCACUAAAAAAAAUUUUUCGGUUUUGCUUGCCUUUUUUGUUUUGGUUGUUUUGUUUGUUUUUGCUUUUUGUAUAUUUCAGUCUUCCUACUUUUUAAUGCCUUUUUGGCAAAAUUAAGUGCUGUAAUUUUUAUUUAUGUAAUAAUGGUAAUUGUAUACUGUUUGGCAUGUUUAUUCGUUGUAGAUGAAAAAAGAACGACAGUUUCACCAUAAAGGAUUCCUUUUUCCAUCUCACACUUUUUGUUAGAUAUUUCAAACUGCUUAAAUUACCCUGAAUAAUUUCGGAUCAUUGAAGUAUUGAUCACUCCU